AUGAACAGCUCAGCGCCGGGGCCGCUGCCGACGGGACACACGGGGGAGUGCCUGCCCAGUGACCCGGUGCAGUUCGUGCUGGUGCCCGUCGUCUACUGCCUGGUGCUGUGCGUGGGGCUGCCGGGCAACCUGGUGGCCUUGCUGGUCUUCCUGCAGAGCGGCAAGGUGAGGAAGGCCAUCCGCAUCUAUCUCAUCAACCUCACGCUGGCCGACAUCCUCUUCAACCUCACGCUGCCCCUCUGGAUCCACUAUUACCUGUCCGGGGGGGACUGGCUGCUGUCGGAGGCCGCCUGUCGCCUGGCGGGGGCCGCCUAUUACCUGGCGACCUACAGCGCCGUCACCUUCAUGGCGCUCAUCAGCUUCAACCGGUUCUGCGCGGUGCGGGCGGCGCGGCGGGCGCUGCCGCUCACGGGGCCCCGUGGUGCCGCGCUGGCCUGCGCCCUGGCCUGGCUGCUGGGGCUGGGCUGCGCCGUGCCCACCCUGGCCGCCCGCCAGACCUUCCCCGCCCGCGCCGGGGCCACCGCCUGCUUCGAGCAGCACGGGCGGCACCGCGCCUACGCCUACGCCAUGGUGGGCUUCUUCGCCGCCGCCUUCCUGGUGGUGCUGGGCACCUACGCCUCCAUCGCCCGGGCGCUCUCGGUGCCCGCCGCCGCCGCCUCGCCGGGCUCCCACCGGCAGCAGGCGCGCGCCAUGGUGCUGGGGAUGCUGCUGGUCUUCGUGGUCUGCGUGGCCCCCUACCACCUGACGCUGGCCCCCUGGGUGGGCAGCCGGCCCCCCACGCCGCCCUGCGGGCCCCCCGACACUCUGGACGUGCUGCACGCGCUGAGCGUGGCCCUGCUCAGCCUCAACAGCUGCCUGGACCCCCUCGUGUACUGCUUCUCCAUCCGGCGCUUCCGCGCCGACCUGGGCCGGACCCUGCGCAAGAUCGGCCGGUGCCUCCCGCUGCCCCCGCCGGGCCCCCCCGGGCCUGUGCCUGGCACCCGUGUGUCCUCCUUCACCUCCUCGUAG